GGAAUUGAGACCCCAAAACUGAGAUUCCAAUUCCAUUGUCUUCUCUCACUCUCUCUCCAGACAGCAAUUCAAUUCACCUCGUGACAUGACACCCCACCCCCCGAAAUUCACGACAUUUUCUCACUCAAUCCCAUUAUUUCCUCACCUUAUAUAAUCAUCAUUACUUCUUCCUUCCUAUCUCUCAAUUCCCAGACUCAAUGUGCCAUCUCUGGAGCGUUAUGUCUAUAUGGUAACGGCGUUCAUGCUGAUUUCCACCAUCACUCAGGGCUCAAUAUAUAUUUUGCAUUUAGCAUGAUCACAUACGACCAAGAUCCGGAUGUUAUACGCUGGGGACUCGAGCUCUUUGAUGGAGAUCCUUAUUCUAAUUUUGGAUAUUGUGGUUCCAUCUCCCAACAUAACACGGAUUGCUAUCCGGGGCAAUAUUUGAAAGGGUAUCAGUAUGAGGCAGACUGCAAUUAUGCAGGAGACCAGAACCUUAAUGUAGACAGCCUUCACGAACAACUAUCACAACUUUCAGUGACUGAACCAAUCAAGCCCUACCAAGAUGGCAUGGAGCACCAAACGUCGUUUUGUUCACAGGAUUGGUACCCGCAUUCAUUGGGGAACUACAACUAUGUUGUCGACGGAUAUGAUGGUCAACAAGAAGAAGAAACUGUUUUGGGAAUUCCGGCUUCGUGUUGUAGCCCUGGAGAUGAAUUGUACUGCGAUGAAGAGUGGUCGAGUUCACUAGAACUAAUGGAUGAGCAUGCUUUUGAUGGCGAAGUAGGCAAAAGAUUGAACCAGAUGGUUUCUAUUCCUCACAUUCCAAAAAUUAACGGCGAAAUACCCUCAGUAGAUGAAGCAACUUUAGAUCAUCAAAGGCUUCUGGACAGAUUACAGGUCUAUGAACUGGUUGAAUUCAAGGUUCAAGGAGAUGGUAACUGCCAGUUCCGAGCUCUGUCAGACCAAUUUUAUCGUACUCCUGAGCAUCACAAAUUUGUCCGGGAGCAGAUUGUAAACCAGCUUAGGUCUCUCCCAGAGAUCUACGAGGGAUAUGUGCCCAUGGCUUAUGACCAAUAUCUGAUAAAGAUGAAAAAGAACGGGGAGUGGGGAGAUCAUGUCACGUUGCAAGCUGCUGCAGAUUCCUAUGGUAUCAAGAUAUUUGUCAUAACAUCGUUCAAGGAUACCUGUUACAUUGAGAUUCUCCCGAACAUUCAAAAGUCGGAAAGAGUUAUUUUCCUUAGCUUCUGGUCCGAGGUUCAUUACAACUCGAUAUAUCCUGCUGGAGAUUGCCCCAGGUUUCGGACGAAGAAGAAGAAGAGGUGGCAGGCUGCUCAACACGAGCACGUUGAGUUACCAGAAGACUAUAACUGAUGAAUGCAAUGGCAAUAGCUAGGCACCUCAAGUUAACUUUAAUAUGGACUUAUUGGUGUUACUUGAUGACCCGAUGAUCCGGAAUAAGCAGCUCGUCUGCAGGCGAAAGAGCUUGGGGCCACUGCUAACCACCAACUCUAUUAUCGACUAUCUCUACCAAGGCAACAAGAGCUGAUUCUUUCUGAAUAAAAUGAAAUCUGAGAGAGUGAAAAUUUUCUCUUGAUGACCAUCUUUUCUGUUGAUCUAUGAACCUUUUUAUAUUUAGUUGAUGCAGUUUUAUUAGAGAGGCAGGAAACAUAUCAUGGAACUUUCCAUUUUUUACUUGCCAACAUGGAUAAUUCCUUA